UAAAUCAAUCAAAAUCACAAGAACAUAGAUGGUGCAUCCAACAUCCAUAAAGAUGAAGAUAAUACUAACCCUGCUUCUUCUAGCAGCUUUCUGGAAAGGAGCCAGUUCUCAGUCAAGUUGCACCACUGUCCUCAUUAGCUUAUCUCCAUGCCUGGAUUAUGUAACGGGAAACUCCUCAACCCCAUCUUCUGGAUGCUGCACACAGCUUGAAACUGUUGUUGGGUCACAGCCACAGUGCCUUUGUGUAGUCAUUAACAACAGUUCCUCACUUGGGAUCAACAUAAACCGGACUCAGGCUUUGGAACUCCCCAAAGCUUGCAAUGUCGAGACUCCCCCUGUUGGCCGGUGUAAUGCAACUUCCCCUACAGCAUCUCCUACUGGAAGACCAAGGUCCCCUUCGGGAAGUGGAUCUAAGACUAUACCGUCAACCACGAGCAACUCAUCGGAUGGAGACUCCACCAAGCUGCUGCUUCCCAUAUUUGUCUUCCUUAUCUUCAUCGUAUCAUAUGCUUCGACAUUCACAGCGAUCUGAGUCAUCUUUCAUUGAGCC